GCGGCGCAGGCCGAAUUCUGCCGAAGGGAUCCGAGCGCGGCCGAGGCCUACGGCGCCACGGCCCUAGGCGAAGGCGGCUGGACGCGCCCCACCCAACAACCAGGCGGAGCCAGAGAUGCUGGCCCGGGAUGCGCCGGGCCCUGGUCCGCCUCUGGCCUUGCCUUUCCCGCUGGUACUGCUCGUGGUGCUGAGUGGCUCUGUGUCCGGCCGCGUCCCCCGUUCAGUGCCCAGGACCUCGCUUCCCAUCUCUGAGGCUGACUCCUAUCUCACCAGGUUUGCUGUCCCUCAUACAUACAAUUACUCUGUUCUCCUUGUCGAUCCUGCCACCCAAACACUUUAUGUCGGCGCCCGGGACACCAUCUUCGCUUUAUCUCUGCCCUUCUCAGGGGAGAGACCCCGAAGGAUUGACUGGAUGGUGCCCGAGGCUCACAGACAGAACUGUAAAAAGAAAGGCAAGAAAGAGGAUGAAUGUCACAAUUUUGUCCAGAUUCUCGUCAUUGCCAAUGCCUCUCACCUCCUCACUUGUGGCACCUUCGCUUUUGAUCCGAAGUGCGGGGUUAUUGACGUGUCCAGUUUCCAGCAGGUUGAAAGACUUGAGAGUGGCCGGGGGAAAUGUCCUUUUGAGCCAGCUCAGCGGUCAGCAGCUGUAAUGGCUGGGGGGGUUCUCUAUGCUGCCACUGUGAAAAACUACCUGGGGACGGAGCCGAUUAUCUCCAGGGCUGUAGGACGCGCAGAGGACUGGAUUCGCACAGAGACCUUGCCAGCCUGGCUUAACGCCCCAGCUUUUGUCGCAGCCAUGGCCCUGAGCCCAGCCGAGUGGGGGGAUGAAGAUGGUGACGAUGAAAUCUACUUCUUCUUUACGGAGACUUCCCGAACAUUUGACUCGUAUGAGCACAUCAAGGUCCCACGGGUGGCCCGUGUGUGUGCGGGGGACCUUGGGGGACGGAAGACCCUUCAGCAGAGAUGGACAACAUUCCUGAAGGCUGACCUGCUGUGUCCGGGCCCUGAGCAUGGCCGAGCCUGCACAGUCCUGCAGGACAUGGCUGAGCUUCGACCUGAUCUUGGAAUGGGGACCCCCAUCUUCUAUGGUGUCUUUUCUUCUCAAUGGGAAGGGGCUGCCAUCUCUGCUAUCUGUGCCUUCAGACCACAAGAUAUUCGGACAGUAUUGAAUGGUCCCUUCAGAGAGCUAACACAUGACUGCAACAGGGGACUACCUGUCAUGGACAAUGAUGUGCCCCAGCCCAGACCUGGAGAGUGUAUCACCAAGAACAUGAAGCUCCAGCAGUUUGGCUCAUCACUCUCCUUGCCUGAUAGAGUGCUCACCUUCAUCCGGGACCACCCACUCAUGGACAGGCCAGUGUUUCCCGCUGAUGGUCGCCCCCUGCUGGUCACUACGGAUACAGCCUAUCUCAGAGUGGUGGCAAACAGGGUGACUAGCCUCUCAGGGAAAGAGUAUGAUGUGCUCUACCUGGGGACAGAGGAUGGACACCUGCACCGAGCAGUGAGCAUUGGAGCCCAGCUUAGUGUCCUUGAGGAUCUGGCUUUGUUCCCGGAGCCACAGCCAGUUGAGAACAUGAAAUUAUACCAUGGCUGGCUCCUGGUUGGCUCCCGUACUGAGGUGACACAAGUGAACACAACCAACUGUGGUCGUCUCCUGAGCUGCUCAGAGUGUAUCCUGGCCCAGGACCCUGCCUGUGCUUGGAGCUUCCGGCUAGAUGCAUGUGUGGCCCAUGCUGGGGAGCACCAAGGGCUGGUCCAAGACAUAGAGUCAGCAGAUGUCUCUUCUUUGUGUCCCAAAGAGCCUGGAGAACACCCAGUAGUGUUUGAAGUUCCUGUGGCCACAUCUGCACAUGUGGUCUUGCCAUGUUCUCCCAGCUCUGCCUGGGCAUCCUGUGUGUGGCAUCAACCCAGUGGAAUGACUACACUCACCCCCUGGCGGGAUGGGCUACAGGUGGUGGUGAGCCCAGGGGCCAUGGGUGCUUAUGCUUGUGAAUGUCAGGAAGGUGGGGCAGCCCGUGUGGUAGCAGCUUACAGCUUGGUGUGGGGCAGCCAGCAGGGCCCCUCAAACCGUGUCCACACAGUUGGGGCUGGACUGGCUGGCUUCUUCCUGGGUGUUCUUGUAGCAUCUCUGACUCUCCUCUUGAUUGGUCGGCGUCAGCAGAGACGGAGACAGAGGGAACUUCUGGCUAGAGACAAGGUGGGCUUAGACCUAGGGGCCCCACCAUCUGGGACCACAAGCUACAGCCAAGAUCCUCCCUCCCCUUCUCCUGAAGAUGAGCGGUUGCCACUGGCAUUGGCCAAAAGGGGCAGUGGCUUUGGUGGCUUCCCUCCACCCUUCCUGCUUGAUCCUUGCUCGAGCCCAGCCCAUAUUCGACUAACCGGGGCUCCACUAGCCACAUGCGAUGAAACAUCCAUCUAGAGCCAGGCAAAUGACCACUAGCGCAUGAGUGAAUGCUGGAACAGAGUGACCACUGAGACCAGGUCACUGGCCCUGGAAGACUGGCAUGGCCUCUCAUUUUUUUUGUUGAGUCUGAGUGAUCACCUGGAUAUCAUUGUCUGCCCUGUUUGAGCCUGGAUGGCCUUUGCCUGAUUCCCGAUUCCUAUGAGAAUCAGGGCUGCAGUGAAUUAGGUUGCCUCCCCUCCUCAACUUCUGAGCCCCUGUGACCCUUCAGCUGUGAACCACUAUCUUGAGCCCUUUUUUUUGGUGAUGGGGCAUGAGACAGAGCUCUGACAUUGCUUUCUGGGUGGACCCUGGUCAAGAGGAAGAGUCAUGGAGGUAGUUGGGGGCCAAUAUGCGCUGAGUCCUUGGGACGACUCUGUUGAUUCUCCAUUUCACUGAUUCUUUGUGGUGAGUGCAUGAUCCCUGUGCUGCAGUAUGGAACCUCCGCCUGAGGCCCCUAUCCCAAUUUUCCUUCUUCCAUGAAAGAGUGUGUGUAAAUACAUUGGUGUUCAUAGGAGACCUGGCCGCAUGUGCAUGAGUGACUGGGCUGAAGCUUAGGUGUGUGGGGAGGAGGAAAAAGGUUAGAGUGGGGCCUUUACCUGCACAACUCCAAACCCCACCUGAUGGGGAAAUAGCUCUUUUCUAAAAGGCAACAAAACACUGCCCCUCUUCCCAAUGAUCCACAGUCUUUUUCUAAGUCUGAGUAGAGAGAAGCUCCUAAAGUGACCUUCUGGGUGGGAAGUGCCCUUAGUAUGUGUGACCCCCCAUCCUUCUGUUUAUUUUUGCCACCACUGCCAUGACAGAUGCUCUUUCCCUGCCUAGAGUGUAGGUUGAGCCCCUUUUCCUUGGCUACCAUUAAAAAUGAACUUCACAACAUUCUAAAUAUUAGAGAAUAGCAAAAGGGGUACAGUAACAGGAAAUACAAGCAACUUAAAGAUAAGUUGUAUCAGUGACUUCACUCAGGUUGACUCCUUUGCCCUAAAGCAGGAGUCCCCCACCUGGGAUCCAUGGACUCCCUGAAAUUGUAUGUAAAAUGUUGUCUGAACAUCUGUACAUGUGUGUCUGUAUUUUUCUGGUGGGGGUGGGGUGGGGUGGGGUAUGGCUUUCAUCAGAUUCUCAAGGCCUUAACAGUUAAAGGACCACUGCCUGAGCUCACCGCACUUGGGCCAUGCCAAGAAGGUGCCAUUCUAUGGCAGCUCCUCCUAGCCUUGUCUCGCUGUCUGUGGCCAAUCCCUGGACUUGUAGCUUCUGGAGGUCCUCUGUUUCUCUAGUCCAUGGAAGCUGGGUUCUGCAUAUUUGAAGACACUGUCAGCUCUCUCAAUGUCUGGACCAUCCUGCUUUGCAACUCCCAUGUGCUCUAGGCUUCUUCUGCUCAGUCCUGGUCUUGGCCUGUGAAUGUGCCUCUUUCAUCCCUGCUGAGGGAUUCCUUCAAGCUCCAGUGAAUGGUCCAGUCCUUUCGAAAUGAAGUUUUCUGCUCUACUUUCCUUCCUUGGCAGCAGCCUGUGAACUACUCAAGAGUCCCCUUGGGUUUGGAAUUUCAGAGGGUUUUCCAGGAAGAAACAUAUAAUCUCCAGCAUGUAUUCUAACCAUGGGACAUUGGUGUAUUCAUCUGUAAAAUGGGGAUAGUAAUACCUACCUCAGGGUUGCUGCAAGGAUUAAAUGAGAAAACACAUAAACAAUAAAGCACUGUCUGUACCAGUAGAUGUUGUUUUUGUAAACAUUGACUUAUUGUGCCAUAAUCAUAUAGCUUAACUAUAUGAAAACCAUGACACAUGCAAUCAUUUUAAGUCCCCUGCAGUGGAAGAAGAGGGCCACUGUCACACUGGUAUCUUUUUCUGGGUCAUUUCUGGCCAGAUCUUAGCUGCCAGGGUCUGGGUUUUAGGCAGAUCUGUGACUUUUAUAAACCUCAGAGUAUCUUGACUUUGGUGACCUGCUCAUCCCCAUAUGCGACUGUGAAGGAAUGCUUCGUGUACUUUGUUUUGUCCUCACUGCAGCACUACUUACUUGAGGUUAUAGUUCUGCUUCGGGGAGUAGGGUGGGAAGAUUAGAGUCCCUGGGGGGGAGGAGCAGAGUUUUUUCAGAAGAGGAGGUGAUAAGUCACAAUGGAUUUGGAACAUGUGGUCCUUGAACUGUGGCUUUGGUUAGUGAAAUAUGGGAUGUGGAAUAUAGAGUAAAUGAAAGAUAGACAGAGGCAUGAAUUUAGGGAAUAUACAUUUUGAUUGUUGGGAAAACUCAAGCUCCAAGAGUGAAGGAGAGUGUGGUAAUGUGAGACUAACUGUGAAAGAAAUAGUGUGAAUAACAACACUAUCUUUUUGGAUUGUGGUUGUGUGGGAAGCUAGAGUGUCCAUGGACAAAAAGGCACUGCAAGACAGUGCAGGGUUGGGACAGACCAAGGUCUCGCCCCUUGUGUUUCUCUAGGGAGGGUUGUUAGGAUUCUGGUUGCCAGGGUCCUGCCUGACGUUUGCUAUUAUUGCAGCUAUUGGGUGGUCACUUGUGUUUAUAUUGCUUCCAAGAGGUUGCAGCUUUCUGGCCCCCACUCUCAAAUUUCCUUCUGCUUUUGAUUCUGGUUCCUGAUGCUGUAAAAUGAUUCUUAGCCUGUUACACCUAAGCUUCUGCCAGUGUAACCCUACUGAUGCAGAACUAGAAAGAGAUGCUCAUUACUGGCCCUAAUCCCAAUAGGAGGCAAAUCCACUUCCUGUCUAAGAACUCCUCCUGCUCUUUCCCCUUUCCCAGCAGCCCCCAAAUUGACUAGUGGCCUCAGUAAUAUCGGGAAAGGACUCCUUUCGUGCUUGCUGGGCUCUGACUCUUCUUGCUACUCUGCUCCAUGGGGGGAUGACAACAAUUAACUAUUCUUGGUUGGCUGGAGACAGGUCUCUUAAAGGCAAAGAGCUAAAACUGGCCUUUUAAUUGGGCAGAUGCAAGGUUGGAAUGUUUAAAGAUUAUUUUCAUCACCUG